AUGAAAAAUAGAAUUUUUAUAUCAUGGGUUAGUCCGAAAGAUAUUGAUUGCAUUUUAGCGGGACCUCAAAGUGAGUGCUUCUGUCAACACCGUCUCAUUCAGCACAAGACCGAUUACGAAGUGUUGCCGACGGUCCGCCCAAUUCCAGUACCCUGCAGGCAUUGCAGUUGUUCCAGCUUCCAUGUAAUGCCCAAAUUUGGAAGUCAGAUUGCAAGGUGUCACUGCAAACAUCUCGCAACGGAACACAAAGUGCAAUCUCCCUACAAGUGUACGAAAGCCAACUGCCAGUGUUCAGGUUUCAAGACAAGCAUGAAUUGCUUAUGCGGCAUUGAAGCUUACAAACAUAACAUGGUGAUGGAGACAGCAGAAGAGCGUGCAGCCAGGGGCCGGCCGAUUGGUAAACCCUGUCCGUAUCAGGCUAUGGGAGGUCUCACUGGGUUUUCAUCUUUAACGCCCGGUGUGAUGCGAAUGGAUGGAACUGGAUCCGGUGGGACUUUGACCGAACAGGCCCUCACUGAGCCCCUAACGUCACAUGAUAGUUCGAAUUUGAGGAAUCGUUUUGGUGCCAUCACCAAUGAGUCUGGCGGUGAGUUUUCGAGGAUUGUUACUGUCAACGAGGAUCCUGAUGCAAACGCUGGUCGUUUCCUCCGCGGGACGAGGUUCGCCUAUUCGUGGGACGCGGUCGUUUUG